AUGUCUGGCCCAGCCUCAACACCACCUCACGACGUCCUCGUCACAGGAUCGUCCGGCCAUCUCGGCACAGCUCUCAUGCUGGCCCUGCCCUCGCUCGGCUUCAACCCCCUCGGCAUCGACAUCCUCCCCUCGGAGACAACCACCCUCGUCGGCUCCAUCUCGGACCGCGUCUUCAUCUCCUCCGUUAUCACCGCCAACCCGUCCAUCCAGCACAUCGUCCAUGCGGCCACGCUGCACAAGCCGCACGUCGGCAGCCACUCGCAGCAGCAGUUUAUCGACACCAACAUCACCGGCACCCUCGUCCUCCUCGAGGCCGCCGCCACUCUGGCUACGACCACUACGUUCAAGAGCUUCGUCUUCAUCAGCACGACGAGCACCUUCGGCGCCGCCCUCAGCCCGGCACCCGGAUCCCCCGCCGCCUGGAUCACCGAGUCGGUCAGGCCCGAGCCCAAGAACAUCUACGGCGCGACCAAGUGCGCCGCCGAGGACCUCUGCCACCUCGCGCACAAGCAGCACGCGCUCCCCGUCGUGGUCCUGCGCACCUCGCGCUUCUUCCCCGAGGAUGAUGACGACGACGAGCGCCGCGCCAGCAUGGCCGGGGAUAAUCUCAAGGUGCUGGAGCUGGCGUACCGCCGCGUCGAUGUCGCGGACGUGGUGGAGGCGUGCCGCUGCGCCAUGGAAAAGGCAGAAGCAAAGGGAUGGGGGCGGUACAUUAUCAGUGCGCCGCCGCCGUUUGCCAACGACGAGGGGACGCUGAGGGAGCUGGACGAGUGCCCGAGGACGGUGCUGGCAAGGCUGGUCCCGGGCGUGGAGGAGGUGUUCGCGGCCAAGGGGUGGGCGUUCCUGGGGCGGGUGGACAGGGUGUACGACUCGAGCAGGAUGGUGGAGGAGAUGGGGUGGCGGCCGAGGUACGACUUUGCCAGCACGGUGGAGAGGCUGCAGAGGGGGGAGGAGUGGAGGAGCGAGCUGAGCUUGAGGGUUGGGAGGAAGGGGUAUCAUGCUGUGACGACGGGCGUGUAUACGAAGCGUUGA